CAUAUUGCGCGGUGGCUCUUAUCCCUUUCUCUUCUUUAUCUGCUUCCUCCUGCAUCAGUCGGGGGGGGCUUGGCGGUGGAUCUGUCUGGCAGAGGAAGGCUCUGCGUCAGAAGGGAGCGAACGGCCUUCACCAAAAGCCAGCUGCUGGAGCUGGAGAAGGAGUUUCACUUCAGCCCUUACCUGUGUCGUUCUCGGCGGCUGGAGAUGGCCGCCGGGCUGCGUCUCACCGACCGCCAGGUGAAGAUUUGGUUUCAGAACCGCAGGAUGAGGCACAAAAAGGAGCAGAGGCAUGGAACGGGCGCCAGGUUUUCCCAGUGGGCUCCUUAUAGCCCUUCCCUCAGGUCGAGCUCAUGUGCAGACCAGUCGAGGCUUCAGGGUGAAUGCGUUGAAAGAACCUUCUCAGAGCUGCAAUUUAUGGACUACGCUCCUACGUCCUCCUCUCUUUUUGGCGCUUACGGCGGCAGUGGUCAGUGUAACGACCCCGCGGACCUGCCCCGUCUGAGCUGCAUGCUUCCACCUGUUGCAAAGGGCCCUCCGCCCUCCUGUACGAGCACAGGCAGCCAUCACCGUGCUGGCAUUUCAAACUGGCCCUAGGGGUCCAUAAUGGACAUUCCUCCCGUGCUCAUCAGAAUCUCAAUGAUAUUCUUCAUCCACUUUCACUUAUGAAAGACUGGUUGAUGUCUUAUUAGCAUCCCUGGGUUUAAAUCCCCUUAACACACCAUUCAUGAAACAUUUUAAUUAAACUCUAUGAACAUAUCUUAAUUGAAGGAGAGCUACAGCGAUAUCAUUUGUGUUUCUCAUCCACAGAGACUGAAGACUGCGGCUCAAACCUGCUGCUCAUAUUACUCACGGGGCAUUCAAAACACAUUUGAUCUAUAAAUUACUACAUGUUUUGCUGUUAUUUUGUGGCUGUUACAUUCAUAUUGUUGUUGCACGUUCAAUGCAUGUGAGAAUCUUGUUAAGAGUGAUUUCCCUCUUUUUCUAAGUGUUACGUUUGGCUCUUUUCUACUGUAAAUAACGGGUCAAUUGCAUAAAAUGUUUAAGCGUGAAAUGGGAAGAAUAACAUUAAUAACCAAUGCUGUUAUAUUUUUAUUAAUCCCAUUAAGGUACACAGCAAGUCUUUUAUACGUUUCUUGAUUAAUUGAUGUCAUAUGCUGUACACGCUUAUUAAUAAAUGCAUUUGGGAAAACUGCA